AUGAAUGAGAAAAAACCAACGACUGAAGCUACUUCUACAGUUCAAUCCAAAUCAUCUACUAUUAAAAAAGAAGCACCUCUUUUAAUUUGGUAUAAUAAAAACAAUGAGGAAAAAAUUGAUGGAAAUAAUUUUAUCUAUUUUAACAACUCUCAACAAUGUAUUGAAACUGUCGAAAAAUCAACUAAGCCAAUUUUCCUUAUACUGAAUAGUUCUUCUGCAACAGAUAUACUUUCACGCACUCAUUCGUUAGCACAAGUUGAUACAAUUUUUAUUGAUUGUCAAUCACCACGAGAACAACAAAGAUGUCAAUAUCUUCUCCAACAUUAUCCUAAAAUAUUUGAUCUUUUUCUCGAUCGUCAACAAUUACUUAGAACUGUUCAAGAAAACGUCAUUCUCUAUCAACAUCAAUCUGGAAAUGAAUAUCUUCGGUUAGGCGAACGUUAUUCUAAACAAAGUAAUGAUCUGAAUCUCGCAUUAAAAUAUACACACAAAGCAUUGAAUAUGUACCGAACGACACUUUCCAACCAAAAUCAUCCAUUAGUGGCAAGAUGUUUAAAUAAUCUCGGUGGAAUCUAUGAUGCUCAAGGUGAUGUAAAUCGAUCAUUUGAAUAUUAUGAACAAGCAAUUAAAAUGUAUUCACAAUUGGCACCUGCGUUAACCAAUCAACCUGUAUCAAAAGUACUUAAAAAAUAG